UUUCCCCAUGGGGAUCAAUAAAGUAUCCAUUAUUAUUAUUAUUAUUAUGCAUGUCAGAGAACACACACACAGCAUGGUGGUCUGAUGGUUAGCACCAUCACCUCGUAUCAAGAAGGUCCCAGGUUUGAAGCUAUGUAGAGUUUACUGUCCUGCAUCAGAGCAACUAAAAUAUGUGUUAUGCAGGUCAAAUAAUUUACAAUUUUUGAGCAACCUGACCUGUCUGAAUUUUGUAUAUAUUGCUAAAGGUUAUCAAAUAUAUCACAUUGUUUCCUUUCAGGGUGUUCAUAAUGUAUGCAGGGUUUGCAGAAGUAGUGGUUGAGGUCUUGUAAAUACUUCAUCUGUUUGCCUGGGAUUUUAGACUGGGACAGUCAUAGUCCCCAACAUGCUUUUGAUUUUUGUAGUUAUUGCACAGUGAAAAAACAACAACUUAUUUUGUAUAGUUUUUCAGUGACAUGGUGGACUUUAAAUGGUUCACCUGCUGUUAUAAGAAUGCAAGGGAACCUUUCAAAUAAACAAAUGUGAGCUACUUUUGAAUAAGCUGUAUGUUUCUAGACCAGCAUAGAUAGAUAGAUUUUUAAACAUGUUAAAAUAGUACAAAAACAACAAUAAAACAUAAGAAUAAAUAACAUUAGUAGCACUUUUUAAUUAAUAGCAAGUCUAAAUGGCAUACUAAGGGGGAGUAAUGAUGUAUAAAUGAUAAAUCAGGCACUUGCUAAUACCUUACUAAUGCUUAAUAGUGUGACAUUUAUAUAAAGUGAGGAGGAGGAGGACAUGUGUGGAUUCGUUUUUGUUUUUUAUCCUGUUCAACCACAAAUCCUUAUUUACAUUUUACCACAUAUAUUUGGUUCUGUAACCCCAGUAACAUGCCAAGAGAUAUAAAUAUUUACAUAUAUAUAUGUAAUAUGUAGGCAAUGCCAACAUAUACAGUGCUUAACAAAUGUAUAAACAGUUGAUGAAAACGGUUGCCUGUCAGAAGAUGUUGUGAAGGCGUAAUUGUGAGAAUGAGAUGGCCAAGGAGCAGUGGGGCAGUUUUGGUGACUUCAUAUCCAAAUGAUGGGUAUAUAAUAUGUCAAGCAUAUCGAUCUGUCAAGAAUGAUACUAACUCGUUUUGAGCCGGAGAAAAAAAUAGUCGUCACAAGAUAGAAGAUGUAAUCGGUUUUCCAGGGGGUUCCAAAUAAAAAGUGUCACUGACAUUUAAAAAAAAGUAUUUUUCAAGAGAAAUCUGGCCAAGAAGGCAACAGAAAUUGCAAGGUAUACAUACAUAGUGUCACUGUUCUGUAACGUGGCCAAAAAGGGCUGGAUGGAUUGUAAUAAAGAUGGUUUCAAAGCAGGAUAUUUCUUCGUUUAAUAUAUAACCCCUUUGUAGAUCAUGUUUACUGCAGCCUAUUUAAGCAAAUAGAUCACAGAUUUCAAAAGCGAGAGAGAGAAUUAAAUCGUUAUUUAGUAGUCAAUCACUUUUUUGCACAGCAACGGCUCAAACGUGGUAUUGACGUAUGCCGCCACCUCGCGGACACUGCCGUUCAUUGUGUACGGUACUUCGUUUCCAUAGCAACCGUUACUGCCAAACCACUGUGUUAGCAACGGUUGACUCGUGCUUAUCGUGACUUCAGGGUUCGCUGUAGAUUUGCAGUCAGUGAACACUGCAGGGUUCGCACUUUGACAGAAAUAUAGCAUUUUCUUAGAGAAAUGAUGGCUGAGACAGGCGGUGUGACCAAGCUAGACGUCUCUGUACUAAACGCUGAGCAGCAAGAGAAACUGCGACAGUUUAAGAUCAAGACGAGAAUCGACAACGAGAGGUAUUUGAGGUCGCAUCCCGAAGUAGACGUACUCAUAGGCGACUUUCUAAGGGAUGUGCUUCACAAACAGCCAGCUGACAUCCUUACAGAUCUACCAAGGAGAAGACUGGUAAUCUACGCACAGCCUAUCCACAUGGCUCCGAAGGGAGGAGCCUGUUUGGUUCUGCUCAUCUUGGCCUCUGCAGUUUUCGCUCAACUUCCACAUAUGGGGCCUCAAGAAAAAGCUGAGUUAGAAAAAGUGACUGAAAAACUGAUGAAGAAGUGCUACUAUAGAGGAUACCCAGAGCCUAAUUUGAUGCAGGUCAACAGUGUCUUCAACUCCAGCCUUAGUGGUUCUGUGCAGAACAGAGAUGCUAACCAGUCGAACGCCCUCCUUUCCACUUUUCGUCAUCUCCUGACCUCAGUCACUACAGGAACAAACAUGAAGUCAUUUGGUCAACUCCCCGUGGAUAUUUCACAAAAAAUGACUAACCAGAUGUGGAAUUGCAGCAAUCUUCCAGGCAUGAUUGAGGUGAUGAGAAACUAUUCUGGUGGCAUAUCAAAGGAGGAUUCUGGAUGUUAUAUGCAAGCGUUUGCAGCCCCUCUUUCCUGGGCAACUUUGACCACACAGGAUAAAAACAGCAUGGACUCAAAUGACUACAGAAAACUGAUGUGGGCUGUUACACCUAUGGCGGGGCUUAUGCCCUUCCUAAAAACAAAACUUCUGAUGAACGUAGAUAUCCCAAAGCUAAAAAACAUGAUGGACAUGUUGAAGAGUAUGUAUGAUCGCAUACCUCCUGGUCAAAGGACUCGUGUGGCUGAAUGGGCGAAAGAUCAGAUCACCCAAAACUACUUCAACUGUUCAAUAAAGCCAUGGGUUUACGCAACAUUAAAGCAUGUGGAUAUCUGCUCCCCUUCACUGGAAUGGCUGAAUUUGGAAGCACUGACUAUUUUGGGACCCUACCUGUCCUAUUUACCACCAAGUGAUGUUAAUUAUUCUUCUAAAGUAGAGCUAUGCAAGUUUUUCUCUUCAGCUAAGUUCAAAACCACGAUGAACCCCACUCUGAGUAAGAAGUUGCUCCAUAGAAUCCAAGAGUGCUUCAGUUCACAGGAGUUUCCAGAGCAUGUGGAAAAACUUGGCCCACUGGCUUGCUAUUAUGAUCCCCCAGAGUUGAAUGCUAACUUCAGUGGGAAACUCCUCUCUCAACUGGACCAGUGUGACAGCUCCCAAAUCAAAGGGCUGAAGACACGGCUUCUCAGUUCUCUGAGGUCACUGUCAAGCCCUGCUCAAAUAAUACGAGACUUAAGCAGUACUGUUACUGCAUUGUCUGCCAAAGAAAUUGCUGCAAUCCCUGCCACCAGUCUCACACAGGCUCUCAAAAAUCUGGGACCCAACAUCCGAUGGACAAGGAGCCAGCUGCAUGCUCUUAUCGAGAAACAUUUGGGUGAAAAGAAAUGUAAACAGAUAUCCGGGAUGGAGCUGAUGAAACUUCAGCCCGUUGCAGAAGGUUUGCCAAACUGUAUACUGAAACAGGUAAAAGCUGUAGAGGUCCUGAAUGAGCCAGAGGGCCUAAAGAACAUCUCCAAACGACUGAGCAGGGGACAGCUAAUGGCCAUGCUGGUAGGGAUGCUUAAGGAAAUGCAUCCUCCUGCGCUGGUGCCAAAGUUGUCUUCCCAGUUACUUAACGUCGUUUCUAUUAACAUUUUGGCCGAUGCAAAUGUCACCUCUUUGGACCAAGUGACAAACAAAACUUGGACUAGGUCACAGGCAGCAUACCUGGCAAAGAAGAUGGCUGACCUAAAACAGCUUCAAUUUAGGAAGAUGCGUUCGGUCCUUCAGGGCAUAACCUGUAAGAUGAUUAAUGAAGCUCCUGACAGCGGUGUAAUGGAAAUGGCUUUGGCCAUGGCAGAGUCUCCAGAGUGGCUCUCCAAAGUUCAGGCAGGAUGUGCUGCCAAAAAACUUUUUGCAACUUUGGUGAAAAAGAGAGCAGACUAUUUCAAAACCAUCACUGAACAGGAACUGGAUAAGAUUCCUUCAGCUUUGCUUCUUCACCUGCUCCCUUCAGAUGUGGACGAUUUGCCUAGUUCUGUCUGUCCUAUUUUCCUUGACAAGAUGGAAGAAGCCAACAUCAGCUCUUUGCCUCUUAAUUCCCCGUCUCGUCCUGCACUCACCAAGAAAGCCCUGUUCUGCCUAACCAAUGGGACAGAUUUAUCCAGCCUCACCGGUGGUGAUCUGCCCAAGCUAGGGCCCCUCGUAUGUGAGCUGCAGCCUUCCCAGCUGCGUCUAAUGAACCCUGAUGUCCUCAACUCCGCUUUCCAGGAGAUGGCUUCCUGCAAACAUAUUCCUCAACAAUACAGGGCAGAUAUCAUUAAGAUGGUUCACCAGACCUUUGGAAAUUCUUCUGAUUGGACCGAGGACACUGUGGAAUCAGUCGGUCCCCUUCUUCUUUGUGAUAAGGUUGCCACGUCUGCUCUACCCAACAAACCUUGGAUGAAGGAUGUUCUUCGUUACAUAAAGUCACUGUCCUCUGAUCCUUCAGAUGCCCUGAAAAAGAAAAUCUUUGCUCUUACCACCACUAGAUCAAAUGCAACACGUAAAAAGAGGGAGAUCCUGAGAGAACCCACUGAGAAUUUGAUUCAAGAACUGGGAAUGGAUAAUGUGUACUGGUCAGCAGGAGAGCUGGAUAAGAUGUCAAACAGCACUUUCCUGGCCACUGUAGAAAUACUUGGAGAAAUCCCGAACUACAGUGCAGAUCAACUGGCUGUGCUCAGCAAAAAAGCUACUGAGGCUUUUGGCCCCGUGUCACAGAUGAACGAGGGCGUGGUCAUACAGCUUGAAUGUAUAAAUCAGGGUUUUUCUAAUUCUGACCUGGAGAAUCUCCCCUUGCCAAUGGAUAUUGUAGAGGGAAUUUCCCACUGUGGGUGGACUCAAUCACAGAUGGAGUCGUUGUGGAGGGGAAUUGCCAAAUAUAACAAUCUGAAAGCGCAGCAGCUGGGAGCUGCAGAGAUGGUAUCACUGAACCGGCUCAUCUGUGGCCUGAGCUCCAGCGAGAUCAAACAGCUCAACAUCAGCGCCUUCAAGAGGGCUGUGGGCUCGAUGGAUGGUAUUAAGUGCUCCUUUCAGAUUUUACAGCAAUUAAAAACUCUAGCUGUGGCUGCAUUUGGGAAACCCAGCACCUGGACAGAACCACAGGUUGCAGACUUGGGCAACAUACUUGCUGGGCUGGAUGCAUCGGAGCUGGCUUCUUUGGACCCAUCUGUCUUUCCAUUUGUCAGCAGGACGUGUAUCCCACUCAUCCCUCCAAACAAUUUUGCUGUACUCUCUGCUGCUCAGCUGGAGGCCCUUGGGCCUGACAAUGCAGCAAUGGUGACCACUGAACAGCGAAAUCUGUUGAAUAAUGAUCAACUUGACACAGUUGAAACGGCUCUAACUGGUUUUCGUAACCAGGCACAAAGAGCUGUUCAAUCAGGAGCUCCAUCGCUGGGUGCAGAGGGGCUCUCAGCCUUCAUGAAGCCCCUUCUCUUGCUUCUCAUUGGGUUUCUCCUGCUGUGAGUCAUCACAUCCAUCUGCUUAAGCUAAUUACAGACCUAUAUUAAUAAUAAAAUAAAAUAAAAAUAAACAACAGUUCAGCAAUUCUUCAGGUUUAUUUAGUGUUGAAGACGUUUGCACAGAUUGAUGUUUUAUGAUAAUCGAUACAUGUUUGUGACUGUAGCUCACACGAUUAGAUGACCUUCUGAGAUGUGUUAGAGUUCCUUUACUGUGUUAUGUGUUAAUAAGAAAAUAUAUUUUAUUAAUUGCAGAGAAAUAUUUCAUGUUUAAUUUUCAGAUGUUCUCGGUAUGAGACUUUUUUGAAAAGUUGAUAUUUACUGACAAAAACCGAAGAAUGAUUCAACUUAAUAAACGUUAUUGUUACGCCAGCAGCCAACAGUGAAGUUUGUUGAAAGAAA